AUGGUGAUUAAUAGGAUGGCUGACAAAAAACAGUAUUUCGCUCAUUAUUCGUUUGAAUACUCUGUUGAUGAUGACAAACGUUUAACUGGUUUGUUCUGGGCUGAUGGUUUAUGCAAGCUUAACUAUAUGGAAUUUGGGGAUGUGAUAUCCUUCGAUGCAACUUUCAAGACAAACAGGUACAAGAUGGUGUUUGUCCCGUUCACUGGUAUUGACAACCACUGUCGAAAUGCUAUUGAGGAUGUUUUCCCUAUCAGCAGACACAGAUUGUGCAUGUGGCACAUAAUGAAAAAAGUGGCAGAUAAGGUUGGACACGAGUUAUGCAAUAACGAUGAGUUUAAAAGGAGGAUGUGCGAAAUUGUAUGGACUGAUUCGAUUGAGCCCGAAGAAUUUGAGAGACAGUGGAAAUUGGUGAUGAUUGAGUUCGGUCUCACAGAAAACAAAUGGAUCGACGAUAUGUUUGUGAUGAGAUCCAUGUGGAUUCCGGCUUUUUACCGACACGAGCCAAUGUCUGGACUUAUGAGAACAACCUCAAGAUCAGAGAGUGAGAACCAUUUUUUCUUCCAGGUUGCUAAUUCACAACUCACUCUCGUAGAGUUUAUGAAUCAUUUCGACGGUGCAAUGGAUGUCCAACGUUUUAAUUGUAGAAAGAACGAUCAUAUUUCAAGAUAUACCAAGCCUGCUGAUUGGAGCGAAACUACAUUGGAAAAAGAUGCUGCUAAGAGAUUCGCAAGAUUUAUAUUCUUUGAUCAGCAAAUAGAGAUCUAUGGUACAAUCUCUGAAUGUCUGCCCAUGGACACUAAAAUAGAGGGUCCACAAAUCAGGAUAAUGUUGAAGGACUUCAAAGUCCAUGGAGAUGGUUUAUUGGAGGUGUGGUUCAAGAACCUUGAAGAUGAUAUAACUGCACAGUGUAGCUGUUUGCGUUUUGAGCAAGACAAAGACAAUGAGGUCGAAGACGACGAAGUGGAAGAUGAGUUUGAAGAUUACAGUAGUGACGAUGGAUCCGAAGAAGAAGAUCAGUGGGAGGAGGUUUCGGAAGAUGAUGAGGAUGAGUAG